AUGGAAGCCAAACCCUACAGCGAGCAGCCACAACUGCAUGCAGAUGCCCCAUACCGUUCUGCUCAGCUCACAUACCCCGGUAAUUUGCGUCAAGCUCUGAAAGAUGCCAUGGCGGAUCCCAGCAAAGCACUGUUAGGAGUCGCUUCCGGGAUUCCCAGUACUUUCGUCACCAAGUUGCUAGCUUCCACCAAACCCGACUUCAUCUUCCUGGACGUUGAGCAUGGCAUGUUCAACCGCCUCGAACUGCAUGAUGCCAUACACGCCGCCCAGCACCAUUCUGAGGGAAAGACUAUGGUGAUCGUGCGAGUACCUAAGCACGAUGAGAUCUCCUUGUCAACUGCGCUCGAUGCUGGUGCUUCUGGGAUCGUAUUUCCGCACUGCGAAAGUGCGGAGGAAGUGAAGCAGUUAAUACAAAAGAUGUAUUAUGGCCCUAUUGGAAAGCGAUCGUUCAGCCCCUGGACCUUCACUCCAGGCAUCUCAGAUGCAUCGCUGUACCCAGAGGAUCCUUUCAAUCUUGCGACGUCAAACCAGCAUGUUUGCAUUUUCCCGCAAAUCGAGUCGGUAAAGGGCGUGGAGAACGUCGACGAGAUCGCAGCAGUGGAGGGCAUCCAUGGUCUGAUGUUUGGCAGCGGUGACUUUUCAAUUGAUGCGGGUCUCAUCACAGGAGACUUCUUCGUAAAGCCACCGCAUCCGACUCUGCUUGCGGCUCUAGCCAAGUUUGGAGCUGCAGCGGUGAAGAACAAUCUUCCAACUAUGAGUUUUGCCCUGAACACGGAAAUGGUUCCAAUGUUACUCCAGGGAGGAUACCGAAUCAUCGCCACUGCUGAUGCAUGGACUCUGACAAAAGCAAUUCACGGCUUCUUGCAACAGACGAGAGAAAUCACGAAACAGUUCGCGGAAACUGCCAGCGAGACUGCACAUGAAGAGUCUUCCAAGGAGACUUCCAAAGCGGAGACUAACGGAGAGAUCUUGACCAACGAGGGUAUAGAUGUAGAGGUCAAGGCGUAG